AUAAUCUGCUCUUCGGACCCGGAAGCCAUCAUCAUGUCUGAUAACGCAGGACCAAAACGGCUACUCGGAGUGGAAGAUGAUAAUGGGGUCCAUCCGAAGCGGGCCAGGUGCGAUGAUCCUUCGAUCGGUCACUGGGAUAGUAUUCAGGCUCUCUCUCUCAACACUUACGAAACAAUCAAUUCCCAAAUCCAGAAUAAUGCUACACAGGGAGGUGAUUGUUCCAACAGAGCUUCCGCCCAGCACAUGCAGAGUAGUUGCCGUUCUCCACGCUUUGAUGGAAUCUGCCUAACUGUUGAGAUAGAUAUUCUUCCACCACUUUUCAAUGUCCAGAAAAGUUCCUCAACAGACGAUCUAGUCCAGUCCUCUGACCUCAGACCCGAGUCCCCACAUAACCCUCAGGAGGAUAUCUGUUUUGGAAUGUUAAGAGAUAUCCAAAUUCGGAUCGAACACAUCCGAGACAACAGACCUAUUCCACCGGAUGAAAUUGCAAAGGAGGAUGUCUUCGCUUCUCUUGAGCUUAACAUCCAGAAGGACCGGUGUGAUAUUCUAGUAAACGGAGUCCGCAUUGCUACAAUGAAUAAGAAGACACACAUUGUGCUUAAGGCCCUCACAUUUGUAGGGUCUGUUACAUGGACUGGCCAAGUACCACGAUCGGAACUCUGCCAGAAGUUGGCCGCAGCAGCAAAGUCCUCGGCCAUAGGCCCAUCGAAAAUAACCUGUGGAAUGUCGAUACUUAUCUUUGGUCCUCCAUCUGUAGCAGAGACACUUGCAAAGGAGCUAGGCCGCUACCGCUUAUUUCUGCAACACCCUCAACCGAUGCCAAUGCAUGCUGUGUAUAAAAACCCUCAAUACCUAAGCAUAGUGGCACCUUCAUUCAACAACGGCGCCAUACUGCCUCCCAUUUUGACGGAGUGUAGUCAGCUAAAUACGAAUACGUCGGAUGAUCUUGAUCAGGAUAAGAUGAUUAAUGUCCAUACCGUAAUGGAUGAUCUUCCCAAUCCUGAUUAUCUGGAAGAAGCUGAUAUUCACGGAAGUAUCAGGACUGAUCUGAAAGGGUAUCAACGAAAAGCAGUCGAUUUUGUCAUCUGCCGUGAAACAGCUCAGACUGGAAAACAGAUAAAGCUAUGGCUCCCUGAAAGUUCGGGUCCUACAAAGCUAGUAUACCAGCAUAUUAUCACUGGGAAAAGGAGUCCAGAAGCCCUAGAUAUGCUCGGCGGCAUUCUUGCAGACGGCAUGGGUGUGGGUAAGACUUUGAUAAUGAUUGCUAGUAUUAUUGCCGGUUUGUCUCGCUUGACAGAUAUAUCGAGGGAGGAGUUAUUAUCAAAUCGCAAAGUUGGAAACGUGCCGUUGGCCACUGUGUCCUCAACUCUGGUAAUUGUGCCUACCCUCAAAUUGGUCAAUGGUUGGAUCGACGAAAUUCAUAAACACGUUAGCCCUGGGACCCUGUCAUACUAUGUAUACCAUGGCCAUGCUCGAACCCUUCCGCCAACUCCGCCUCUUCCAUACCAUAUAGUCUUCUCAACGUAUCCUACAGUUGCAUCAGAUUUCAAACGAGGGGGAGGUGUUCUCAAUCAUUUUCACUGGAAUCGAUUAAUACUUGACGAAGCUCAUCAAAUACGAACCAUGAAUGCAAAAAAAUUCAAGGCUAUAACCAGCCUUUCAGCCUCGAUUCGAUGGUAUGACUUAUGCGCAUUGAUACGAUUCCUUCGUGUCCCGCUGCUGGAGGAUGCUAAGGUGUUUCGAAAACAUAUUUCUCAGACACGCAAGAAAGGCGGCUUAUACAAACCAAACUACCGCAAUCUCAAGCUCCUCCUCGGGGCAAUAUGUUUGAGACGUAACACUUCGAGUGUGCUUACUUCUCUCUGCAGUACCUCUGUAGAGCAUCGUCCAUGUCUCUCGGGGGCAGAACGUAAUGCUUAUGAUAAACUUGCCAUCGCUUGUAGCGAAUCUAUUAAAGCAGCUGCAAGUGGCCCCGCAACAAAAGGAGGGAAUAAGUUGAUAUUAAUCUCUAUCAUGAGACUACAAAUGUUCUGCAAUACAGGGCUCGCUAUUCCUGUGAAUUAUAGAACCGAGGACCUCGAGGAAGAUCUUUCUUUCGGUACAUCUGUCGAUUCUCUACAGCAAUAUAGAGAUACCACUUCUUCGGAAUAUAAUUCUUCUGCAUCAUAUUCGGAUAGCGAUGAUGACCACCCCUCGAGGAAAUAUCGUGCCUCCUGCGGUCAAUCAUGGAAAUGGCAGGGUUGUGCUCAUGGGAUCUCUGAUAUGGACUGUGUUGGAGAUCAACCACAGGAACUUUCCAACCUCACCAAUUCAGCUGAAGAGGAUAUGAUGCAGGAUGUACAAACUGCGAGCGAAUACAGCUCUGAGAUCGCUCUCAAUAUCACUCGUUCAAAUGCAUACCCCUCUAAACUCGUCCAUUUGCUGGAGGAUAUAGAGAGGCAUUAUUCGGAAGACAAAAGUAUUGUAUUCUCUGUCUGGAGACGAACACUGGAUGUUGUGGGCAACAUGUUCGACGAGAACAGUGUUCGUUUUAUUCGGGUAGAUGGCGGCAUGGAUCUGUCGCACCGAGAGAGUGCAUUGAUGGAGUUCCAAAAAAAUGCUUCUGUCCGGGUGCUUCUAAUGACCAUAGGAACUGGGGCUAUUGGACUUAACAAUCUAUGUGUUGCAAGUCGGGUCCAUAUCCUCGAGCCGCAAUGGAAUCCAUCCGUGGAGGACCAAGCGAUCGGUCGUGCACUGCGUCUGGGACAAGAGAAAAAAGUCCGUGUGAUUCGGUAUAUAACUCAGAAGACAGUUGAUGAGAUAUCGAAACUGAAACUCUCUUUGAAUGGCGGCCUGCAUUCCUCCGACCAGAAGAUUUCCGAAAAUGAAAGGAGGACCGCUUACCUCCGCCAUAUUGGCAAUCUAAUCGAGUCUACUGUCCUGGUCAGGAGUAUUAGUUAG